AUGCGCCGCAGCAGCAGCAGCAGCAACAGCAGCAACAGGGUGGACUCCCAAGACCUUGUCGAGGAUCAUUCUCCGCAGGCGCAUCGAAAUGGAAAUGAUGACUGCGCGCAGGGAGGAGCAGGCUCCGCCGAUGUUGCGGAAACCGGGGCACCCGACCGCGCGCUCACGGAGACCUUUGAGGAAACCCCGGCUCUCGGCGACGUCAGGACGCACCCGUCAGCACCUGACUCGAUCCAGGAGAAGGCCCCCAAGGCGAGCGAGGCGGAGAGAGGCGUCUUCGUGGAGGGCAGUGGUCACCCGUGUCUGACCCGGGGACAUCUCCAAGCGGAGGUGGAGGCUUACGACAGUGGACACCACGCCUCGAUGGCUAUGGAUGGCUGCAUCCUGUACGGCAAAGUCCAUCUGUCUGCUCGUCACUUCCGAACACGCAAGGACGACAAGCGUGGUGCCUCCCGCCGCGGGAAAGGUUCGACUGGCUCAAGGCACAAUGGUGAGGCAAUGCCUGCGUCAAAGCUGCCUUGCGGCCAUGCAAUUGGGACCCCGAGGCAGGAUAAGACCCAUCAGUUCAGUGGGCCCGAUCAUGGGGAUCGUCCUCCAGUGACCGCCUUUACAUUUUGCAGAGAGCGCAGGCACAACGCCUGUCGCAACGAAUUAGAUCCAAUCGAAUGCCUCUUGGGUAGUCAUGUGCUCGCAGGAGCUGCUAAGAUUGACGCCAAAAACGCACGGCCCCGGCAUAAGGUGCACCCAUGGCCCUGA